AUGUUGAGUUCGUUGUCGGUGGCCAAGAUCUCGGAUCUGUUUGGCAGGAAAAGAACCAUUCUUCUUGGGACAUUCUUGUUUAUGGUUGGUGGGAGUUUGCAGACAUUUUGUCCCAACAUGUUUGUGUUUGGUGUUGGAAGAGUGUUUUCUGGGUUUGGUGUGGGGAUUCUAUCGACGGUGGUUCCGUCGUAUCAGUGUGAAAUCAGUCCAAGUGAAGAUCGUGGCAAGUUGGUGUGUGCUGAGUUCACCGGGAAUAUCACUGGGUAUGCCAUGAGUGUGUGGAUUAACUAUUUCUGUUAUUUCAUCCAGGACAUUGGUGAUACUAGAGACAAGCCCCAUUCGUUUUUGGCCAACUUAAGCUGGAGGUUGCCGUUGUUUAUCCAAGUGGUCAUCGCGUUUGUGUUGUUUCUUGGUGGGUUUUUCAUUGUGGAAUCGCCAAGAUGGUUGCUUGACAACGACAUGGACCAACAGGGGUUCCAUGUGUUGGCAUUGUUGUAUGAUUCCCACAGUGACGACAGCAAACCAAGGAAUGAGUUCUUCAUGAUCAAGAAUAAUAUCCUCCAGGAAAGAGAAACCACCCCGAAGCUGCAACGUACAUGGAGACACUUGUUGAGUCAUUUCAAGAUCCGAGUCUUUGUUGCUUGCUCGUCGUUGAUCUUUGCCCAGUUCAAUGGUAUCAAUAUCAUCUCGUACUAUGCACCAUUGGUUUUUGAGCAAGCGGGGUUCAACAACUCCAGUGCGUUGCUCAUGACGGGGAUCAAUGGGAUUAUUUACUUGUUGUCCACGAUUCCAACAUGGUUCUUGGUUGACCGAUGGGGAAGAAGACCCAUUCUUAUCACGAGUGGUAUUGCCAUGGGUAUAUGUCUAUUCCUCGUGGCGGUGUUCAUGCUCUUGGACAAGGGUUAUACACCUACAUUGGUGGCUAUUUUAGUUAUCAUCUACAAUGCAUCGUUUGGAUUUGGGUUUGGCCCGAUCCCGUUCUUGUUGCUGAGUGAAUCGUAUCCGUUGUCAGUGCGUUCGAAAGGAGCUUCAUUAGCCGUGGCGUGCAAUUGGUUUAGUAAUUUUGUUGUUGGGUUGAUGACACCGAUCUUGAAGGAACUGAUCAAAUGGGCGAUGUACUUAUUCCCAGCAAGUUCAUGUGUGAUGAGUGUUGUUGUUGUGAUGUUGUUCUAUCCAGAAACGAAAGGAGUUGAAUUGGAAGAGAUUGAUCGAGUAUUUGAGGAGUUCUAUGCUACGAGUACGAUGAAGAGAGUGAAACUAAAAGGAUUACGUAGACGCAAGAGUAGAAAGAACAAACAUCAAGGGAAGUAUAGUAGAUUGAAUGAUGAUGCCUUUGAGAUGGUGGGAUUAGAUGAGAUGGAUUAUGAAAGUCAUGAACCUAGCAGACGUGAGAUGCUAUAG